AUGGUUUCUAGCCUGCUCCCCAACCCCACCUCGGCCGAGUGUUGGGCGGCCCUUCUGCGCGAUCCCAUGACUCUUGAUAUGGACGCAGUCCUGUCAGACUUUGUUCGGUCCACGGGGGCAGAACCGGGUCUGGCCAGAGACCUGCUGGAAGGCAAAAACUGGGACCUGACGGCCGCCCUGAGCGACUAUGAGCAGCUCCGGCAGGUGCACACCGCCAACCUCCCGCACGUGUUCAACGAGGGCCGGGCCCCCAAGCCGCCGGAGCGCGCGCCCGCCCAGCCCGGGCACAAGGCGGAGCGGGCCUGCCUGCCGAGACAGGACGACAUCGCCCAAGAAAAGCGCCUGUCCCGGGGCAUCUCCCACGCCAGCUCUGCCAUCGUGUCCCUGGCGCGGUCCCACGUGGCCAGCGAGUGCAGCAGCGAGCAGUGCCCCCUGGAGAUGCCCAUCUACACCUUCCAGCUGCCGGACCUGAGUGUGUACAGCGAGGACUUCCGGAGCUUCAUCGAGCGGGACCUGAUCGAGCAGGCCACCAUGGUGGCCCUGGAGCAGGCGGGUCGCCUGAACUGGUGGUCCACCGUGUGCACCAGCUGCAAGCGGCUCCUUCCUCUGGCCACGACCGGCGACGGGAACUGCCUCCUGCACGCCGCCUCCCUGGGCAUGUGGGGCUUCCACGACCGCGACCUGGUCCUGCGGAAAGCUCUCUACACCAUGAUGCGGACGGGGGCCGAGAGGGAGGCCCUGAAGCGGAGGUGGCGCUGGCAGCAGACGCAGCAGAACAAGGAGUCAGGGCUGGUGUACACCGAGGACGAGUGGGAGCGCGAGUGGACGGAGCUGCUCAAGCUGGCCUCCAGCGAGCCGCGCACGCACUUCAGCAAGAACGGCGGCGGCUCGGGUGGCGGUGUGGACAACGCCGAGGACCCCGUGUACGAGAGCCUGGAGGAGUUCCACGUGUUCGUCCUGGCCCACAUCCUGAGGAGGCCCAUUGUGGUCGUGGCCGACACGAUGCUGAGGGACUCGGGCGGAGAAGCCUUCGCCCCGAUCCCGUUCGGAGGGAUUUACCUGCCCCUGGAGGUGCCUCCGAACCGCUGCCACUGCUCCCCGCUGGUCCUCGCCUACGACCAAGCGCACUUCUCCGCCCUCGUGUCCAUGGAGCAGCGGGACCAGCAACGGGAGCAAGCCGUGAUCCCGCUCACGGACUCGGAGCACAAGCUGCUGCCGCUGCACUUCGCGGUGGACCCGGGGAAGGACUGGGAAUGGGGCAAGGACGACAGCGACAACGCGCGGCUGGCGCACCUCAUCCUGUCGCUGGAGGCCAAGCUGAACCUGCUGCACAGCUACAUGAACGUGACGUGGAUCCGGAUCCCCUCGGAGACGCGGGCCCCGCUGGCGCAGCCGGAAUCCCCGACGGCCUCGGCGGGCGAGGACGUGCAGUCCCUGGCCGACUCCCUGGACUCGGACCGCGACUCGGUGUGCAGCAACUCCAACAGCAACAACGGCAAGAACGGCAAGGAGAAGGAGAAGGAGAAGCCGCGCAAGGACAAGGACAAGGACAAGGCCCGCGCGGACUCCGUGGCCAACAAGCUGGGCAGCUUCAGCAAGACGCUGGGCAUCAAGCUGAAGAAGAACAUGGGCGGCCUGGGCGGCCUGGUGCACGGCAAGAUGGGCCGCGCCGGCUCCGCCAACGGCAAGAGCGGCGGCGGCGGCGGCGGCGGGGACGCGCCCGAGCGCGCCAAGGACCGGAAGGCCAAGUCGCGCAAGGGCAGCAAGGAGGAGUCGGGCACGUCGGCCAGCACCUCGCCGUCGGAGAAGACCACGCCGUCGCCCACGGACAAGGACAAGGCGGCGGGGGCGUCGCCGGCGGACAAGGGCGGCGGGCCGCGGGGCGAUGCCUGGAAGUACAGCACCGACGUCAAGCUGAGCCUCAACAUCCUGCGCGCCGCCAUGCAGGGCGAGCGCAAGUUCAUCUUCGCCGGCCUGCUGCUCACCAGCCACCGGCACCAGUUCCACGAGGAGAUGAUCGGCUACUACCUGACCAGCGCGCAGGAGCGCUUCAGCGCCGAGCAGGAGCAGCGCCGCCGCGAGGCCGCCGCCGCCGCCGCCGCCCCGGCCACUGCCAAGCGGCCGCCCCGCAGGCCCGAGCCCGAGGGCGCGCCGGGCGCCGAGCGCGCAUCGCCAGGCCCGCCGGCUGGGCCGCCCACGCAGCUGGUGCUCAAGUUCAAGGAGCGCCCGAGCCCAGGGCCAGCGACGGGCACGCGGGCGGCGCGCGCAGCGGCUGGCGGCACGGCCUCCCCGGGCCCUGGGGGCGCACGGCGCGCCGGUGCCAGCGGACCCGUCCCCGGGCGCAGCCCCCCGGCGCGCCAGAGCGUCAUCCACGUGCAGGCGGCAGGCGCGCGGGACGAGACGUGCGCCCCGGCUGUGGGCGCGCUGCGGCCGUGCGCCACGUACCCGCAGCAGAACCGCUCGCUGUCCUCGCAGACCUACAGCCCCGCGCGCGCCGCCGCCCUGCGCACCGUCAACACCGUGGAGUCGCUGGCGCGCGCCGUGCCCGGGGCCCUGGCGUGCGCGGCGGGGGCGGCCGGCGCGGCCGAGUCCAAAUCGCAGACCUACACCAACGGCUUCGGCGCCACGCGCGACAGCCUGGAGUUCGCGGACGCCGACGCGCCGGCCGUGCGCUCGAACGGUGAGGGUGGCCGCGGCGGGCCGGGCCCGGCGCAGCAGCGGUGCCAGCGGGAGAACUGCGCCUUCUACGGGCGCGCGGAGACCGAGCACCUGUGCUCCUACUGCUACCGGGAGGAGCUGCGGCGGCGGCGCGAGGCGCGCGGGCCCCGGCCCUGAGCGCGCGCCCCGGGAAGGACCGCUUCCCAUGCUCUCGGUGUCUUUCUUGUACGCGCCCUGGUCACCCGGAAGGCCGGCCGGCGACCCGCGUGUCAGCGCCGUGUACGUGCGUGUCGGGUCCCACGUUCCUACUGGUGCCUGAACCUACACUGACCCACUCAGGUAGUAGACGGAUAGGAGACAAGUCAUACCGCCGGCAGUGGGUGCGCGCUCGCAUCCGCCUCGCCCCGUGGACACUCACAGCCAUGGCAAGAGUAUUUUUGUUCCGAAAUAAAGGAAAUUUGCAGCCCUUUGUUUUUAGAAGGGAGUGUUUUA